AUGCUGCUGCAGAUGAUUCUCGACUCUCGCGGCCUCAUGGACGUCCCCGACGGCAUCACCCACCGCAUGGGGUCUCUGCGAGGCCUCGGUGACCCAAGCAGAAGCACUGGACCCGCAACAUCAGCAGCAGGGAAGGAAGGCGGGGGCAUGGAUGCCGAAGAUUGUGGUGCCGUGUUUGCGCAGAGGAUCGGUGUAAUCUUUUGCGCCCUGUUCAACAUGUUCGUCGACGCUGAAGUGUUGGCCACAAUCCGGGAUGUCGCUGGAAGGCUAGCAGCAUCGGCCGCGUCUCCCGCGGAAUGGGCGUCGACCGAGCUCGGAAGUUUCGUCCACUUCUCCGACGACCGCAGCCAAGACCGUGUGCGUAAGAUAUGGUUUUCGUAUAUCGAUGGGAGCUUGCAGGAUAAUGGGGUUUUUAUGAAGAUCAGGCAAGAGAGGUCUGCUUUCUUGGCCAAGUACAUGCCCAAAGGGAAGAAGCUGAACUUCGUGUCCCGGGCGAUGGGCCUGGCGUCGUGUCGCUUGCCCGAGACAAUGGAGGCCAGCUCCAAGAUGCGUCGCCAAUACCUCCGGGAGGGAAUACUCGAUCCGUUCCCGCUGCUACGUGAGGACACUCCAGCCAAGCGUAGAGGCCCGUGCAAGCUGGUCAACCCGCUUCUACUGGUGACGGAGAGGAAAGGAGCGGCUUCUAGCCUGCACUACGGGGCUUUCCCGCUAGAUGCUUUCAAUACAGGCGGCGGCGAAGGUUCAAGGGUCACCAGCAUUCCUACUAGCAUAGCACAGGAAGCCUGGCUGAGCACUGCGCUAGAAGAGCUCGCCCAGAUGUGUGGGGCUCUGCUUCGAGUAACUGCCACGAGCAAUGCCGAUUCGUCGGCGGGUUCGCGCCUCAGCAUCAACGUCCACGUCGGAGAUGCACUCAACUUCUGUGAUACGCUAUUGGCAUGCGCGUCCCCGGCGUGGGGCUCGGCCGACGCCGAUGGUGACGCUCCGAAAGAGUCGGCGACACGAGGCAUCAUCAACGUCGUGGUGGCUUCUGCGCCGCUCCUCAAGGCACACCGCUAUGCCGUCCUCCUCACGAGCUUCAUCUCCACUUCACAUGUGUCAAGUCUGUUCCAAGGAACUCAGGAGUUUUACGAGAAGCUGUUGUGCAUGAACUCGCACACGGCAGCGGUGCUCCUAGGUGGGCCUUCGAACAACGUCCUCGUGGAUAUCAGUCCGAGGGAUUUCGUGAACCUGACGUUGCCGGUAUACAAGGAGAUGUUUGGGCACAUGCCGAAAACGUCCAUGCUCGCGUCACGGAAGUUCCACCUACCCGCCAACGAGGCCCUCCGUUCUGCGACCUUGCUCAAAUAUUACACGUCGGUGUCGUUUGGUCGGUUGCUGUCGUUGGCCGGGCGCCGACUGCGCCUGAGGGUGGCCCACUUCGACUCGGUGCUCGGUGCUAUAAUCGACAACAGCGGUCUUAUCUUGGCCCCCAAUCUUAUGCAGGAACAGAUGGCCGUUUUUCACGCACUGGGCCUGGCUCCCAUCCGCCAGCCUAUUGGUGCCAUGUUCCCGAUUCCGCGCGAUCUACGACGAGUCGUUCUGUUGGUCCCCAAGGCCGGCCUCAGCCUCUUGCGCGAGUUCACUCAGCCGGAGCUGUACCUGGCGCUUGCAGGGACUCUAGAACCCUUCGAAAACUUCUUUGUCAGCGUGCACACAGUUUUUGUGCGGGUACGCCGAGGGGGCAAGUGCCGCGGUCAAGAGGAUCUUGACGGCUGGAGCUCCUUGAACAGCCAUCUCAUGGUGCGGGAUACGCGGGAGCAAGAUCCGGAAGCAGAGCUCAUGGUCUCCGCCAUGGUGCCCAGCUUCGCGCUAAUGAUGGCGCCUCCAGCUUUUACGGAGCUGCAGCUGCGGCCUCGAGACGGCAUCGAGGUGUUUCAAGCUCCGAAGAGCGUCAUAAGGAGGCUUGGGGGAUAUUUCAAGAAACACUUCUUCAAGGCCACCCUCGACAACGCCGACAAGACCGCGGUCCUCAUUCCUGGUGCAACCGGUGAUAUCUUGCACGGUGGCGUGUCACGCCCACGCUUUUCGUGCCCCGAUCGUGUUGCUUGCCCCGACCAAAACUCGUCGCGACCGUCGCCCCCGAUGGGAAGAGGCUUACGUAAAGCGGUCGACACGCACCGCUUCAUGCACGGCGAUGCCGCAAUCGACCAGGCGGUGGAGCUCGUCCAACAGGCCGGAAGUACUAGUGGGGACGCUCGGCUGGUGUACCGGGUAACACUGGUCAUGGCGAACGACGAGGCACGCCAGUGCCUUGCGGCAGGAGGGGCACCAGUACUAGAGACGUUGCAUGAUCCUUUCUCUGUGCGGGUGGCGCUGGGAGAAGGGCUUGGCCACGCGACCGGUCUGCCAUUUCCGAUCGAGCAACGGCGUGUGCAAAUGGAGUACAGCAAGCGCCAGGGAUACGUGAUUUACACCGUACCCCCCGUCAGGCAGCCCCUCAACUUUCCGUUGGCAUGGACGGGGCUCGACAUCGAAGGAGUAGGAAAGGCAGUUCUGCCGUCGAUGCCUUUUUGGUCUCCUGCCGUUCCUCUUUCAUCACUGCCGAGGCUGGAUUUCCAGGCUGAGUGGGCCCACCAAAAGGAGGAGAUUCUCGCCAUUAUUUCCACGGCCUGCGAACAUCAUGAUGAAGCUCACGCCUCAUCAUGGAAGCACCCCUGGAUGUGCAUCACGGAAAACAGACGGGAUGACGAACCCGCUCUGUGGGUGUGGGUGAAUGAGAUUCUUCUGGACUCCACAAACGAGGCCCUCAUUCUCGACUGCUGCGUGAUGCUGGCGGACAGGAUGGACAGCGCAGCGUCCAUCCUGCUAGGCACUGCCCUGGAACUGGACAUCAUCCAAGGACGCGGUGCCCAUAUCCGCUUCCCGAAGGUGAGCAUCGUUUUGGUAGUCUCUGCACAACAUAGUUUGCUCUCUGCAGCAUCGUUCUGUUGUGAUAUUCACCCCGUGUUCGUAAAGGCGGUUUCUGGGGGAGUGGCUCUGUGGGGGUCAUUGCUCCCUGCCGCCGUCGAACGCGCCCGGCAAACCUACGCCCACACCGCCGACUGCAUAUACCCGACGCCGGGAUAUUCCGGCCGGACCCUUUGUAGCUGCGGGAUGGGCAAAGACCUACCUCCAGGGUUCGUCGAAUCCAUGCGCUCAGCAAAACUCGUACCGUUGCAGACAUGCUUCCACAGGGCGGCGUUGUCGCCGCUUUUCCCGGCCUACGAGAAGCUCUCCACUCAAUUUUUCGCAUCCGGGACCGCCGCCGACGGAUCGAGGAAGUGUGCUAAAUGUGGCAAAAGCGGCAAGCCCCUUCAGUGUUCCCGCUGCCGCAACGUGUCCUAUUGCUCGAAGGAAUGCCAGCGCCAAGACUGGAAGAGCCACAAGCCUUCCUGCCGCUAA